AGAGUAGAACCUUAACUUCGCCGUCCUGCCGACUCCCCUCCGCGUUCGCGAUCAACACUCGCUGCCCUCCUUGCAGCUUUCACCGCAGGCAGUAGCACAUCCACUGCCCGGACAGUGCCGCCCAACUCCGCCAUGCCGUCGAUCCUCAAUGACGACGACCGCGAAACUGUCAAGCGCUUCGUCCCCAAGCAGACCAACAAGAUCCAUGCUGUCGCCGUGGCUAGGCUCUAUAUAGCUUAUCCCAACCGAUCACGAUGGACAUACACGGGCUUGCAAGGCGCCGUCGUGCUGGCGAAUGACCUUGUCGGCAACACUUACUGGAUCAAAAUGGUGGACAUUUCGCCUGGAAACCGAGGGGUCAUCUGGGACCAGGAGAUCUUUGAGAACUGGAACUACAACCAAGACCGCGUCUUCUUCCACACCUUCGAGCUGGAGGAGUGUCUCGCCGGAUUGUCCUUCGUAGACGAGAAGGAGGCGAAGCAGUUCCUGAAGAAGAUGAACGACAGGGAGAAGAAUGCAAGCAAGGCAACGCAAAGGACCAAGUUUGGAGGAGCGGCGCCCCCGAGCCACCACAAGCAUCAUCACGGCCUUUUUGGUGGUCUUUUCGGAGGCCAUCGACACUCCUCAGCCCCUACCCCGCCCGAGUCGCCGCGCGUAUCCGCCGCGACGAGAGAUCACCGAUCAGGAAGCGUCAAUGGAUACCACGAGCUUGCAGCGCCGACCCCCCCGUCCGGCUUUGAAAAGCUGGAUGCUUUUGACCCGCAGUGGAGGGAAAAUUUCGGGGAGGACUUGAAGGCCAAGGGCUUGACGGACGACUUUAUCCGGGAGAAUCAGGAUUUCAUUGUCGACUUCCUGAAGCAGGAGCAGGCGUCGCAGGCCAACCAGCCAGCAUCUUCUGUUGCCCAACCCCCUCCGCCGCCGCCGCCUCCCACCAAUGGGUCUGGAGCUGGGCUGAGGGCGCCGCCCCCUCCUCCACCGGCGGCCGCGCAUCGUUCGGUUUCUGAGACAAUCGCGGCGCCCCCAGCACCUCCAGCACCUCCGCCUCCGAAAAGGGGGCCUGCCCCUCCGCCACCCCCAGCGCCGAGGAGGUCAGCCAAGGCCGAGGCUCCCGUCCAACCCGAACCAGCCGCGCCCCGAGAACCUUCCCCGCCGCCCGCUCGGCCCAGGUUCGCUGUACCUCCGCCUCUGGCGGAUGCUGGGAAGUAUGCGCGCUCAGAACCGCCUCGCCCCGUGCCUUCGCCUCCGGCCCCCGGUCCUCCGCCUCCACCUCGGCCGCCCAAGACGCCAGUCGAGAAUGCGGAGCCAGCACACCGUUUUGGUGUUCCGCCGCCAUUCACCGGCCAACGAAGCGUGCCUCCGCCCCCGCCUAGUCGUGGCCCCGUCCCUCCUCCGCCGCCGUCCCGGGAGCCAACCCAGGCUCAUGCGCCGGCCACUCCUCCACUUCCACCCAAGGCUCCUGCCGCCAGCGCCCCACCGCUACCUCCGCCGAGCUCUCGUCCGCCUCCGUCGCUACCAGCCAGAAGCCCAGUCCCAGCACCACCAGCGCCGCCCCCAUUGCCUGCUUCAAGUGCCCCCCCUGCUCCGCCGCCUCCUCCGCCUCUGCCUUCGUCGAAUGCGCCUCCCCCGCCCCCUCUCCCGCCGACGUCUGCCGCUGCCCCGCCACCGCCGCCGCCACCUCCCCCGCCAGGACCCGGCAUCAGCGGCAUCCCCCCACCGCCUCCUCCCCCGCCUCCGCCUGGAGCUGGCGUCCCACCACCCCCGCCGCCUCCUCCUCCUCCGAACCGGGAUUCUGGGUACUCGUCAAGCGCACCGGCUCCCGCUCUGCCAUCGACCGACCCGGGUCGCGCCGCCAUGCUCGACAGUAUCCGGAGCGCGGGAGGUAUCGCUGCGCUCAAGAAGGUCGACCGCAGCCAGAUUCGCGACCGCAGCGCGGCCAACGUUGGCGGAGGAGGUGGCGAUACCGGGCCGCACGGUAGUGGCUUGCCGCCCGCAGGUAUUGCGCCGGGCGGUGCCGGCGGCGGCAUGGCCGAUGCACUGGCUGCCGCGUUGCAGAAGCGGAAGGAGAAAGUUAGCCGCAGUGAUGAUGAGGAUGACGACGACGAUUGGUGAUCUCAUCUGCCUGGCAACAAGACUAUCUUAGCCCUUGCGCUGGCGAUGGCAUGUAGGCAGCAUCUCAGCCCUGCGAUGUAGAGCUGUCGACCGCGCAAGGUGAAUGAGGAAAUCGAAGAU